AUCUCGCCCUUCCGACUGCAGGCUUAUCCAGUUAUCCAGCUCUCACAUCAUUUCUAAAUUAAAGAUCUAGGGGAGGGAGGGAUGCGGUGGGGGGUCGGAGGCGUAUUUUUAUAUGGUGUUUCAUGCAAAUUCGCUCGAGAUCAUGCAGGAGAUCGAACGUCAAGCUCUAGAAUUCUGUCAUUAUCCUCUAGAGCACAGAGUUGGAUGUGGCGAUGUGCAGCUACCAGUUGGUCUAGAAUAUGAUAUAUCUACCUUUGGUGGAGUUGAAAGGGCCUCACGUCUAUGAGGAGUAGGGAAAAUGAUGUGUACCACGACAUAUUAUCAUGUUUUUGGCCAAAGGGCAAAUCACAGCAGAGAAGGGCAUCUCAUACGCACCAAUGCGGGUUUGAGGCGAUCAACCGCCUACUUGACACGUCUUGUCCAAUAUCUGGGAGUGGAAGAGUGUCACCACACUUGUGAACUCAACAGUCAUCAUUUUACGCUCUGAUAUGGAUUUUCCAUCCGAAGUUUUCAGUCAAAUCUGAAAGGUCCGGAGCACAGGACGAUACGCACCCCUUCAUGAUGACAAUCCUCAAGCAAGAAAAAGUAGGUGGACUGCAGGUCUGUAGACAUAGAUGGUCGGUGCUGUGGAGAAGGGCCAGUGGCCGGAGCGCUCCUGGUUAACAUGGGAGAUUUUUUCUAUGCCUGGACGAAUCGCCGCUCGAAACCCCCGUGCCAUAACGUUGUAGCACCGAACGCAGCUAUUGUCGAUGGUCGUCUCGACAUGAAGAUUCACGUCAAAUUUGUGCUAAUUCAUUAAAUUAAUUUGUGUGAUGGGAGUCCCAUCACAUAAUUAUAGACAGGUUAGUUUACUGAUAGGUGUGAUUCUUGGAAAGUUUGGUACCCUAUCGUUGCGGACAAUUUGAUAGCCACUGCAGUUUGUCAGUCUGAG